AUGGAUCGUGUCUGUCGUCAUUGCGAAGCUCUAUUUUUCCGCAACGAGAAUAUGAGUAUAUGCUGCAAUAAAGGUGCAGUAAAUUUGCCGGUCAACUCCGAAUACCCGGAUUUAUUGAAGUCCCUGAUUACAGAUAUGCAUCCGCAUUCCAGAGGAUAUAUGAAAAAUAUCCGAAGGUAUAAUACGCUUCUUGCGUUAGGUUCAACGACAGCGACUCUACGAAAGGACAUUGGAAAGGGAUCACCAGUAGUAGUCAUAUCAGGGCAGAUAUACCAUACAAUAUCGGACAUUAAUCCUUCGGAUCCUAGGUUUGGCUCUCUAUACUUUAUAGAUUCCGGCGAAGCCAAACGACGGAGAAAUUCAAAUGCGGUGCACGAAGGUUGCAUUCCAAGUCUGUUGGAACAAAUAGAUGCUCUUUUACGGGAAACACAUCCUUAUGCCCUAUUGUAUCGUACUCUGCGUCAAGUGGUGAGAGACGUGCGCGAUAAGAGGGGCACCAAGGAUAUUCCUCAAUUCGGGUUAUAUUUUCAUACGAAACCGGGUACAAACAGAAAUAUCUAUGCAGCGCCCACCACAUCGGACGAAGUUGGUGCAGUAUUUAGGUCCGUUGACGGCAAUAUUCCGCCACCAGGUCAAAUCCGUAUCCAUUAUCGUGAAGAUGACGUCGGUUGUACGAAUAUUCCAAAAUUAUCACCCAUAGUGGAUGCCCUCUGCUAUCCAUUACUUUUUCCCCACGGAGAAUUAGGUUGGUCAACAGAUAUGUUUAGAUCGUGUGGUAGAAAACGGAUCACGAAAAGAGAGUUUGAUUGCUAUCGUUUAAUGAGUCGCCUCAAUCAAUUCAAUCCGAUUAUUCUUUGUGGUCGUCUAACUCAACAGUACAUCGUUGACAAAUAUGUGGAAUUGGAAGGUGAUAGAUUGCAUUAUUUGCGCACUCACCAGAAAAAUCUACGCGCGGAUAGCUACGUUGGACUUCAGGACUACGUCGCACGUAAAGUAACUUCACAAUUGAUCGGAAACGAAAAAAUUGGAAAAGUUUUUAUUCUGCCAAGUACUUUUGCCGGAAGUCCAAGAUUUAUGCAACAGAACUACCAAGAUGCAAUGGCAAUCGUAGCUAAAUUCGGAAGACCAUCAUUAUUCGUAACUUUCACCUGCAAUCCACAUUGGCGCGAAAUUACCGAUAAUUUAGGGAGUAAACUUUUGAACGCGCAAGAUAGACCGGCUUUGAUAGCUCGAGUUUUUGAUUUGAAGAGAAGAGCUUUUUUCGAGGACGUCCUUAUAAAUAAAAUUUUCGGAACAGUUAUAGCAUACGUGUAUGUGAUCGAGUUUCAAAAACGCGGAUUACCUCAUUUACACUGCUUGCUUACCUUGGCGGAUGAGGAUAAACUACGGGAACCCAACGAUGUAGACAAGCAUAUCUGUGCUGAGCUACCUCGCGAAAAUACUCGAUUGUACGAUAUCAUUUUGAAAUCAAUGAUUCAUGGACCUUGCGGCGAUCGUUUUCCAAAUUCACCCUGUAUGGAAGAUGGAGUUUGUUCCAAGCGCUAUCCUAAAUCAUUCUCGGAAAGAACAUUGAUAGAUCGAGGUACGCCGAUAUACAGAAGGAGGGAUGAUGGUCGUACUGCGACAUUGAUGAGAAAUAAUAUUUCAUACCAGGUGGAUAAUAGGGACGUAGUCCCGUACAAUCCCUACUUGAGUAUGAAGUAUGAAUGUCACAUUAAUGUUGAAGUGAUCACAUCAGUUGGAGCAGUCAAGUAUGUUUUCAAAUAUAUCAAUAAGGGACCAGAUGCCGCGGUUCUGCAAGUUAGGGACGAGUUCGUUUUUGAUGAAAUUAAAGCUUACAUCGAUUCGCGAUAUAUUUCUUCGGGGGAAGCAGCUUGGAGGCUCUUGGCUUUACGGAUUCAAGGUAAAAGUCACUCGAUCUUUAGAUUACCUGUACAUCUACCAGGAGAACGAACGGUACACUUUGAACAAGGUCAAGAGGAGGCGGCACUUCAAAUUCAAGCGUCAAAAUUAUCACUUUUGGAAGCAUUUUUCGAAUUAAAUGUUAAUGAUACCCGAGCGCGAAAAUUCAAAUAUUGCGAAAUUCCUUUGAAUUAUUGCUUCGAUAAGAAACAUCAUCGGUGGUCGCUUCGAAAACAUAAAUGGUCGGUAAUUCCGCGAAUGUACACCAUAAGUCCCAAGUACGUAGAAAAAUUCCACUUACGCAUUUUAUUAUUACACGUCAACGGACCAAAAUCUUUCGAGGAUCUUCGUACGUAUAACGGAGUUACGUAUCCUACGUUCCAGGAGGCAGCACGAAAAAGGCUUCUGAUUGCAUCAGACGAUGAAUGGGAAGAAACUUUGAGACACGCAGCUUUGGUUGAUAUGCCGGGCUGCAUGCGCCGAAUGUUUGCAUAUUUAUUAUGCUUCUGUGAAGUCGGCAAUCCGUUGGCUCUUUGGUCUAACUUCAAACGUUAUAUGUAUGAAGAUUUUCUGAAGAAGGGCCUUUCUGAACGUGACGCCGAACACAACGCUCUGCGUAGAAUCGAAGCCAUAUUGCUUCAUCAGGGUAAAACUUUGAAGGAUUUUAAUUUGCCAGAAUUCUCUCCAGAUUUGAUCGAAGAAGACUUUGUCAUCGGCGACGAAAAUUUGGAAAUGGAGUCUGACGAAUUUGAUUCAGAGAGGUUGAAUUCUGACCAGCGAGGAAUCUUCGAUCGGGUUAUACGUGCGAUCGCGUCAGAUCAGGAAGAAAGAUAUUUUUAUCUUCAGGGUAGUGGUGGUACCGGAAAAACAUACCUGUACAAUACCAUAUUGAAUUAUUGUAGCGCUUGGCAUAUUCCUUCUGUUGCCGUUGCUUUCACUGGGAUUGCUGCUUUAUUGCUUAAAAACGGAAGAACCGUCCAUUCAACGUUCAGAUUACCUCUGGAUUUGAAUGCGGACUCCCGUUCUGCAAUAACAGCUCAAUCCCAAGAGGCCACUUACUUGAGGAAUCUGAGACUUAUUAUUUGGGAUGAAGUUUCAAUGGCCAGUUAUCACGUACUCAAUGCCGUUGACCGGCUCCUUCAAGAUAUAUGCGGUAACCGUCGUCCUUUCGGUGGUAAAUGCAUACUUCUUGGGGGGGACGUCAAACAGUUAUUGCCAGUGGCGGCUGGAAGAGUCCAGCAAAUUGAACUCUUCUUCACGAAUUGUGAGUCUUGGAUGCACUUUCAAGUUUUGAAUUUGAAAAUCAAUAUGCGUACUGAUGCAGGUGAACAAGAAUUUAAUGAAUGGCUUGAACAACUUGGUAGGGGUACCAUCAACGAGACAAGGACCGAUCAAUCUGAUGAUUUCGUUUGUCUACCAGAUAGUUGUUUAACAUCAAAUGUUGUAAGGGAUAUAUACGGACGAAUCGAAGACCUCACAAACGAACAAUUGGCGUCGCGAGUAAUACUUUGUCCCAGGAAUGAACACUGUAAUUUGCUGAAUGACAGAAUUCUUGAAACGUUUCCCGGUUCACUCAUCACUAUUUUAAGUAGUGAUUCCGUUGCUUCGGGAGACGAAGAUGAGAUAGCUAACUUCCCGGAAGAAUAUCUGAAUAGCGUAACACCAAGUGGAAUGCCCCUCCAUAAACUUCACCUCAAAGUCGGCGUACCAAUUAUUUUACUUAGAAAUUUAUCUUUGGCUGACGGUUUGAUCAAUGGUACCCGUCUGUUGGUGUUUGCUGUAACGGAUGUUCUAUUGACAGCUAAAAUUGUCACCGGUCGUUUUUCAGGAAGAUCAGUUCUCAUCCCUAGAAUGGAUCUGACAUCUUCCGACAAAAAUAUUCCGUUUGUACUGAAAAGAAGACAAUUUCCGGUUAAGGUAUGCUUUGCUCUCACAAUCAAUAAGGCACAGGGGCAAACUUUCGAUAAAGUUGGUAUUUAUCUUGCAACUCCGGUCUUUUCUCACGGACAACUUUACGUCGCAUUUUCAAGAGUUCGCAAUUGGAGUGCCGUAAAAGUUGAACUGAUAAGAACGGAACGAGAGGGUAAAUUAGUAAAAAAAUUAAAGAAAAAUGUCACUAAGAAUAUAGUUUUCAGCGCCAUUCUAAAUUCAAUAAACUAUUAAUAGUAUUUCAUACAAUCCAUUUCAUUUUGAUUUCAUCACACCAGAAUUAAAACAAAUAUUUCAAAUCAUUUUUAGCACUUUUUCCAAAAUUGAUUUUUAGUUUUGAAGAAUAUCUAUUUCAGCUCAUUACAGUGUUCCCUUCCGUACGAAACUCCUCUCUUCAUCUCUUGCUAUAUCAGGUUGUUGUGUCAAUUGAAAUUUUUCGAAUAUAUCUCGAGGAAAGGGGCACGUAGAGGCAGAUUAGGACAAAUCCUUAUAUUUUCAGGAGUUUGAAAUUUAACCAGGCAUUGAAAUGCAUAUAAAUAUAACUUUAUAUAUCUUAUUACUGAUGCUAAAAAUGUGUCUACCUAUAAUUCUAUGGUUUUCAAAGAAGAUUCCUUGAACAAAAAAUAUUUCGUGAGGGCCGUGAGAAUUUUUUUCGUUAGUAUAUGGAAACGGAAAGAGAAUAGAUUGAUCAGCGAUGAACACAUACGAAGCUUAAAAAGUUUAUUUCGUUGGAAUUUAGUUUUAGUGUUCUUUCUUAUUACAUAUUGUUUAAAUAAACUGACAUUUUGUUACUUGAGAUUGUUAAUUUCUUAUAUGCAUCGAAAUCUCAAAUACAUUGUUGAAUUUUUUUUACUCAUCUUCAUUUUGUAUGAAUCUUAUGUUUUAGAAUUAAUAAAUCGUUACUUA